CUGGUAGAUCCUCUGACGGGAGUGUUCUCGAAUCAAGAUCAUUUGCCCAAACCAGCCGCGAAAGAAGCCACGAUGGAAGAACUUUACAAUCUUUCUUUUUGUCGCGAUCCCAUGGCUCUUGUCGCCCUGGUGGUAAAAGGGCAACAAGAAUUUCCAUCUGGGUUGACGUUGGGUCCCGCUGACGAUGUGUACGCUCUGGGGAUGUGUGUCGUUCGUUCGUUGACCAUGUUCCUGCACGUGCCCUGGGGAGAGUGGAAAGCGUUACACCAAGUCGAAUCCGAUGCAGAGUUUAGCGAAAAGUUGCGCGUACUCUGUGACAUCGUUCGGCGAAACCCUGCGUGGGAUUCUUCCUUUUUUUACGAUUUACAUCUGAGGAUUAGACCAAAUUCGUCGCGGCCACAGGACGUCAGCGACUUUGAAGCAAGGGCUCGCGCAGUAGAGAUACGUCUUCAUAGCGUGAGCACGUUAUACCCCCAUUUUUUUGAUCGCCUCACGGAAGUGUACGACGACGCAACGAGUCAAUUGAUCAGCAAAUGCGUCCAUCCCGAUCGGCAUCGUCGGUACAAGAGAGGCUGGAAGAGCGAAAAGAAACGACAAAAAUUCGUUCGGCGAGGGUCGGUCGACGUUCAAGUGGUCAGAGACAAGAGGGUCAUUCACCUGUCUUUGGGGCGUUGCUGGAUCAUGACGGGAGUCGUGGAGUCGGGCACAGUGAAGUGGUGGACAGCAGCACGAGGGGCUAUGAUGAAUGACAAAAGACGAGGAGCCGUUGCUUUGAAGCUGUUUAUUGAAAAGUCUAUCGAGCUGGAGCCUAGUCUAAAGGACAAACGCUACCGGGAAUGGCCGUUCGAUUUUGAGUUGCAGAAAGAAGCAUGGCUCAGGACGUUG